GCAUCUUCUUCAAAGUUUGAACUUCAACGACUUACUACAAUACUCCAAAUGAACUUCAAGGCAGCCAUGUCUUCUUCUUCUCAGUCUUCCAUCUUCCUCUGCUUUUGCCUCAUCAUCCUAUUCGCUCUUUCCUUCGCUGAGUCGCAAUCCUUCAUCGGUGUGAAUUACGGCCAGACAGCUGACAAUCUUCCAGCGCGGGCGACGGUCAAGCUCCUGCAAUCCACCAUCAUCUCAAAAGUCCUGCUUUACGGAGCUGAUCCGGCCAUUCUCAAAGCCCUCGCUAACACCCGCAUCGGGGUCGUCAUCACCGCCGCCAACGGCGACAUCCCGAGUCUCGCCUCCGGUCCUGCCGCUGCCACCCAAUGGAUCAGCGCAAAUGUGCUUCCUUACUACCCAGCCACCAACAUCACUCUCAUCUCCGUCGGAAACGAGGUGAUGACCUCCGGAGACCAGAAUCUGAUCUCGCAGCUUGUUCCGGCUAUGCGAAAUGUCCAGCGUGCCCUCAGUUCGGCCUCACUGGGCGGCAAGGUCAAAGUCUCCACCGUACAUUCCAUGGCCGUGUUGACCCAGUCGGAUCCUCCAUCGUCCGGAUCGUUCAACUCCACACUGCAGGGCCCGCUGAAGCAGAUGCUAGCGUUCCUGAAUGAUAACAAAUCGCCGUUAAUGAUCAACCCGUAUCCGUAUUUCGCCUACCAGAGCGACCCAAAACCCGAAACACUGGCAUUCUGCCUGUUCCAACCAAACUCGGGUCGGACCGAUCGGGGUAACGGCCUCCUCUACACUAAUAUGUUCGAUGCACAGGUGGACGCGGUACAUUCAGCUUUGGGAGCCAUUGGAUACAAGGACGUAGAGAUAGUGGUGGCCGAGACAGGAUGGCCCUCUCGUGGGGACCCCAAUGAAGUGGGGCCCAGUGUUGAGAAUGCCAAAGCCUACAAUGGAAACCUCAUCGCUCACCUUCGUUCCUUGGUUGGCACCCCUCUCUUGCCGGGCAAAUCUGUGGACACUUACAUUUUUGCACUCUAUGACGAGAACUUGAAACCUGGUCCUGCUUCUGAACGUGCUUUUGGCCUCUUCAAAACCGAUCUCUCCCAAUCUUAUGAUGUUGGCUUAGCAAAGUCUGGCCAACAGGCUCCUCCGGCAGGGUGGUGCGUUCCGAAAGCGGGUGUAUCAGAUGCUCAGUUGCAGAAAAACCUGGACUAUGCCUGCAGCCAAGGCAUAGAUUGUGGGGCAAUUCAAGCAGGGGGUGCCUGUUUUGAUCCAAACACAAUAGCAUCUCAUGCUGCCUAUGCCAUGAACCUCUAUUACCAAAAGUUUGGCAGAAAUCCUUGGAACUGUGAUUUCUCUCAGUCUGCUACUCUCACUUCCCAAAAUCCAAGUUAUAAUGGUUGCGUUUACCCUGGCGGCAGCACCUAAGAAAGUAGAGCCCUUAAUUUAUCGGCAACAAAAAUACUUUGUGAAUAAAUUGUAUUAGAAUUAAUCUGAUGAAUAAGGGGUUAUUUUUUGCCCUCCUAAUUUAUGGCCUUUUAAUCUUGUUCAGCUUAAAUUGUCACAAGAUGUUUCAAAUUUUGGCGGUGUUUUAUGAUUAUCCUUUUUCUAGUUUUUAGGAACUUGUUCCGUUUUUAUUUGCUCGUAACUUCAGAUUCAAAUGUGUAUGGAUAUCCCGGAAUGAAGCAUAAUAGUGUUUGGCUUUCUUGUUCUCCAGAUCAACUUUUCUUAAACAAAAUGACAAGUAUUUUAUAGUUUA